AUGGCUGCUCCUCCACUGCCCACGAGGGCCAGAACUGCUAAUGAUUCCGAUGAUGACGUCGUGACCGAGGGAGACCCUUCAAGCACCGCCGGCCUGUUGGUCGAGCGGUUGCAGGCCUGGAAACACAUGUGUGGCUAUCUCGAGAACUACAUCUCUGCGGUUGCAAAGGAGCAGGCCGGUCGGGCCAAAGAACAAGAGAAAGUCUUGAAGACACUGUCGACUCCUCUCCGUGAGGCCCAUCACUUCGAUCCCGCGUUGGGCGGCGUCGCUGGUUUGUUUGAGAACUUGCGGGCCAACACCCAGGGGCAAAUCAAUCUGCACACCGAGACCUCCAAGAACCUCACGGGAUCAGUGCUUCCCAUCCUCGAACGUUUGCACGCCGAGAUCAAGAACAAGCACAAAGAAAUCUCCAACGGCACGGGGAAAGGGACCAAGGCUGUUGAGUCGGCGCGCUCUCAUUCACAAAAGCACAUUGAGCUGCUGGGCCAACAGGCUGCGCAUUUCGACUCCUCUGGGGGCAGGGUGUCUGCACAACAUGACCCUUACGUGGUCAGGCGAGGAACUCUGUAUCGACUCAACAAACAGUUGCUAGAAGAGAACAACAACAGACAAGAUCUGAUUGCGGUCCAGAACUCCUUUGCCAAGUUUGAGACGUACGUCGUGCAGACGGUGCAGACUGCGCUGAACCAGUAUAACCAAUUUAUGAGCGGCCAGGCAGACCGACAAAAGGCCAUGUUUGGCGACAUUGCCUCCACCGCAAGCAAUAUCCCGCUGGACUUUGAAUGGAAUGGAUUCACCAAACGAAACCAGCACAUCCUGGUCAACCCGAAUGCCCCACCGAGGACGAUGGAUGCUGUGUCGUUUCCCAACGACAAGCAUCGUUCUACCAAGCCGCUCGUCGAAGGCACCCUAGAGCGCAAAUCUCGUGGGAUGGGUGCUCUCAAAGGCUACAGCAGUGGUUACUAUGCUGUCACUCCAGCCGGUUAUCUGCACGAGUACAAAGACAAUGACAACUUUCAGAAAGACCCGAAUCCCGAGCACUCGUUGUACCUCCCGGACUGCAUCAUCGGGGCUGUGGACGGGCAGAAGUUUACGAUCAAAGGGAAAGAUUCUUCGGGUAGUAAAUUGGGACAGAAGAUGGCCAUUACUUCAGAUUUCCAGUUCAAAGCGCUCACCAACUCGGACGCGCAGCAAUGGCACACAAUCAUUGCCAGUUUCGCCAAUUCAUCCAACAGCCUACCCACGAGCCCGACAGAGUCCCGCAAUAUUACCCCCAUCACCACUAGGAUGGAAGAGAACCAGACGCAGGGCGUGAUCAGCGGACCAACAAGUGCAUCAACACCCAAGACUGCGCAGCCAACGAGCGCCACUUCUGCCGCCACACCGUCUUCGGCUGGCGCCUUCAACCCCGAGCUCGGUUCAAACUCGUUGGAAGACAAGAAAACCGCGGGAAAGUAG